UUCCCGGAGCCGAUCCCGCCCGGCACACUCCACCCACCCGCGGCUACUUGUGCCCCCUGCACGGGCGGGCGGCAUUCCCGUGUUGGGCGGCCGGAGGAGCUGCGUCCGUCCCGGCACAGCACGGCACGGCGAUCAUGUCGCGGGACCCCGCGGUGCGGCUGCUGGCGCUGCUGAUCUGUUUGAAUUAUGGACAUGGGCUCUACGUGAAGGUUUAUAACAGAAAUGACAGGAGUGGCCUGUUGUCUCAUCCCAACAGCCUAGUCAGACAGAAGAGAGAAUGGACAGUCCCUCCAGCCUUCAUUCGGGAGGAGGAGGACAAUUCCUAUAAGAAUCCAAUUGCUAGAAUACAUUCAGAUCUUGAAGAUACAGGAAUAGUAGUAACUUACACUAUAUCUGGUCAAGGAGUAACAGAACCCCCUUAUGGAUUAUUUGUUAUCGAUGGAAAGACUGGUAACCUGAACAUAACUGGAAGGGUGGACAGAGAAAAGACACCAUUUCUUCUUGUCCGAGGCCAUGCACUAGACAAGAAUGGGGCAAAACUGGAAGAGCCAAUAGACCUUCCAAUUAAAGUUGUGGACAUAAAUGACAAUUUUCCAGUGUUUUCACAUGAAGUUUUUGUUGGUUCAAUUGAAGAAUUAAGUGAAACUGGUACAAUUGUAAUGAGGAUAAAUGCAACCGAUGCAGAUGAACCAAAUAACCUGAAUUCCAAAAUUGCUUUCAGGAUUGUUUCCCAAAGCCCUAGCGCUGCAUUCAGCAUGGAUAAGAAUACUGGCGAAGUUCGAGUGGCAAAAAUAAACCUGGACAGAGAGACACAAAGUAGCUAUUCUUUGGUGGUGGAAGCAAAGGACCGUGGUGGUCAAGCAGGUGGGAAUGCUGCAACAUGUUCUUUAGAAAUCAAGAUUCUGGAUGUCAAUGACAAUCUACCUGUUGUUGAAAGUCAUGCAUUUGAAGGAAGCAUUGAAGAAAACAGAGCAAAUGUGGAAAUUAUGCGAAUAAAAGUAUUUGACAAAGAUGAAGAGUUUUCUGAUAACUGGCUGGCAAAAUUUACAUUUGUUUCUGGCAACGAGGAUGGUUUUUUCCAAAUUGUAACAGAUCCCCAAACAAAUGAAGGAAUUUUGACUGUUGUGAAGGCGCUGGAUUAUGAAAAAAUGCAAAGCCUAAACUUAGGCAUUGUUGUUACAAACAAAGCAGAGUUCCACAAGUCGAUUAAACCUAGUUUCAAAGCAGAAACAAUUCCAAUCAAAAUUAAGGUGAUCAAUGUGAGGGAAGGCCCUGUGUUCCCUGGUGGCACAAAAAUUAUUGAAGCAAGUGAGAAACUGCAGAUAAAGCAGGUUAUUGGACAGUAUCAAGCCUAUGAUGAAGACACUGGGAAAAUCGCAGAGCGCAUUACGUACAUGAAAGGAAAAGAUGCAGCAAACUGGGUCACUGUAGACCCAGCCACAGGUGAAAUCCGACUUGCUAAAAAUCUUGAUUACGAAUCACCUCAUGUAGUAAAUGGUACCUACACUAUCACCAUGCUGGGUGUAACUACUGAUUCCCCAAGGAAAACAGUCACUGGCACAGUCGUCAUUCAAGUUCAAGAUGAGAAUGAUAACUGCCCAGUUAUUGUGAACCCUGUGCAGACUAUGUGUUCAGAUGCAAAAUUAGUUGAUGUUACAGCUCAUGAUUUGGAUAGUUACCCAAACAGUUAUCCCUUCAGCUUUACUGUCAUUGAUGAGCCAGAAGGGACAGCAGAAAACUGGAUAAUUGCAUCUGGAAAUGACACCAGCGUACAGCUGGUACCACAAAACCUGAAGCCGGGCAGAACUGAAGUUCCCAUGCUAAUAAAGGAUUUCCAGGGGGUCAGCUGUGCUGUGCCACAGUCUCUGCAGCUGACUGUGUGCAAGUGUGCAGAUGAUGGUGUGUGCCAGGAGAAGUUUGUCGGCGCCAAGUCGGUGGGUCUGGGGCCAGCAGCAGUUGCGUUAAUCAUCCUGGCAUUUUUGCUUUUGCUGCUUGUUCCUCUGUUGCUGCUGCUGUGCCCUGGUGGCUUGGGAGCAAAGGGAUUUGGUGGAGCCAAGACAUUUGCUGACAUCCCAGACCACAGUGAAGCCAUGUUGCGUCAGUGGAACAGUGAAGGAGCAGCUCCUGAGGAGAAGGCACUGCUAAGCUUCAUUCCACCCACUGCACUUGGGAACUUGAAAGGAGCAGCAGCAGUAGGAGCAGCGGGAGCAGCAGGAGCAGCAGCAGGAGCAGCAGCAGCAGGAAUGAGUGGACAAGAAGUUCUAAUAGGAGCAGGCAGCUCUGCCUCUCAUGUAGGAGAGCAUCACAGCACUACUACCAGGGAAAGAUGGGAAGAGAAAAGACGUCUUCUUUCUGCUGCUGACUAUGGAGCCGUCAUGGCAGCUGGAGCAGCUGAAGGCAUGGCAGGUGUAGACGGCAAGACAGUCCUGUCUGGAGGAGGAGUUGCUGUGGGAGCAGCAGGAGCCAUGAAUGAAGAAUUCCUAAGAGACUACUUCAACGAUAAAGCUGUCUCUUUUGCGGAUGAAGAUGAAGAGCAAGCUGCAAAAGACUGUCUCCUGGUUUAUUCCCAGGGAGAAUCAGGCUCCCCACAUGGCUCUGUUGGCUGCUGCAGCUUUAUUGAGGGGGACCUUGAUGACCAUUUUCUUGAUGAUUUAGGAGAAAAGUUUAAGACUCUAGCAGAAAUAUGUAUAGGUAGACAGAUCAACAUGAAAGAAGGCGGCUACAAGAAUGAAUCAGGUUUUGGUCAUAGUGAAGCAAAGUCACAGUUCUUAGAUCAGCAAAGUGCUUCCACCUCUCAACAAACCUUUGCCUCAGGCAGUGCUUUCCAGUCUGUCCCACCCCUGCACACAGGCAGUGGAGCAGGAGAAAGCACCCUGUCCAAGGAGGUGGUGACAGAAACAACCUUCUCAUCAUCCCGCUCGGGGCAGCUCCCCGCAGGCCACGCGGCGAGCAGCGUCUCCAUGAUGGAAACAUCCUACUCCGUGGGGGCUCCUGCCCGCUCAGCCCCUGUCUUUUUAGACCCCCAGUUUAAGGAGAACGUAGUGGUGACAGAGAGAGUGCUGGCACCUGCAUCGAGCAUUCAGGGCCUGGUGCGAAUCCCUGAGCUGCCGCACGGCGCUGACGUGGUGCUUACAGAGAGGAUGGUGAAGUCGGCGGGUGCAGGGCCAGGAGCCCUGGCAGUGCAGGAUCUCCCUGACUCUCAGUACGUGGUGGUGAGGGAGAGGGAGAGGCUGCUGGUGCCUGCUGCAGAGCAGGGCUCGCUCAGCUGCCCCCCUUCCACGGAGGAGCGCAGCGCGGUGCUGGGUGAACGGGUGGGGGCGGCCUCGGGGCUGCAGGGCAGGGCUGAGCAGGCAGCAGGUGCCAGCUCAGGAAGGCACGAGCAUGCUCUGGUCACAGACUCCCCGCCUCACCUGAUGGGCUCUGACUUACAAGGGCCACCCCCUGCCGGUGCCACACUGAGCAAGUCUUCCAGGGUCACCAAGUACAGCACGGUGCAGUACACUCGCUCCUAGCCUGGCUCCUUGCAGGGGUGGCAGUGCCCAGCACCCUUCUCUCUCCAUGCAUCCUGCCUUGGGCUUUUCCAUGACAUCCAGAUUUGCUGGAGCCUCCAGAAUGACAUGUACUCAUUUGCACCAGUUUGUAUAAAUAUGGAUUGUACGACCAGGAAGCAAGUAAGGAAAACUGGUGUUAUGUUACACUGGCAAGGAUGCUUUUGAAGUGGAAAGAUAUGAGAAAUACUUUUUUUUUUUUCACUGGUUUGCUAUUUUUGUUACUGCUUUUUAUUACACAGAUAGUGUAAAACCACCACAUAACCAGAGCUACCUAAUUAUGGGAAAACAGGAAAAAAAUAUACAGUCUAGUGAUGGAUAGUACCCUGCAAAGAACAAGUAAAGUUUUUGAACUGCUAUUGGGUGUAUCUGAAGUCUCCACUGAGGAGAAUCAAUUUCUCACUGUGUGUUUGCCCUUGCAUUGUGGGCCAUGGUAGCUCCUCCUGGCCUUGCUAAGAAAUCUCCUGAGAAGCCCAGGCCACCAAAGCUAGUGUACUUUCAGGCCAGGGGUGUGUUUGAUCUCCUGAAGGGAUGUCACAAUUUCAGGUUAUCAGAAUUUGUAACUUAAGCAAUCAAUGCUUGCAUGUUACCACAGCAGUUAAAGAAGGCAAGUAGUCAAAAAGCUGAGAACUGCAAUUUUUUAUUACCUCAGUCUAAAAGUUCCACUGCUUGGUGUGGGUCUGCACUGACACAGACAAGUAAGAAUUUGCCUUGUGUACAUUUUCCACUUCAUUUAACUUGUGAGAAACAGCCAAGGCUUACCUUAGCCUUAGAGCCAGGGAUUCAGUCAGUGGCUUUGUCAGCAAAGUUUAUGGCCCUUGGACAUCUGUAGGAUCUGAUUUGUAGGUGUGAAUUCUCAGACAGGAAAAUCAGCCUUGUGUAUGUAUGGUUCCACUAGUUUCAGUACCAGAGCCCGAGUGGCUGGUAUAGAGCUGUGUAAUAACAGCUUCCCUUGGCUGUGGCAAGACAAGAGGAAGCUCCUUGUAGCUCUGCAACACUUGAGUUUACUUUGCUUUCCUUGAAGUUCAUGUGGUAAAAGCAGGAGACAGUACUGCACUGUUUGGCAGUAUGUAUAUAUGCACAUGUAAAUAUUUGUAUGCCAUUUGGAACAUUCUGAAGUUAAUUUUAUACAGGAAAAAAUGUCUUACACUCCUUAUGUUUUCUCAGUAGAAGUAUUUUAGGUGAGGCAUAGGUACUGUGUUUAUCUCAUACCUGUGAAAUCAGCAGGUUGGUCAUAAGGUAAUGCAGAUCCCAUGGACUUGCAGAACUUUCAGGUUGUCUCCAUCUCCUGGAAUUUUCCUGCAGCUACAAUGUUACAUUUUCCAAUGAUGUGUUCUGCCUUUGACUAGAAAUGCUCUUGGUGUGUUUAGUCUUACUAAUAGUAAAAAAAAAGUUGCUUCUAAAGCAUAAAUACAUAAACUAGGAACCAUGGCUGUGCUCAGCCAUGACAGAUGGGCCAUUACAUAAGUGGAGUAGUAUUUCCAAACAUAUCAAAGUCCCUGCUUGCUUGGACCUAUUGGGUUUUUGUCUCUUACACUACAUUUUAAAAUACAUGUGUUUAUUUCUAAGCAAGCCUGCAGGUCCAAAUGGUCAUCACUUUUCUGACUUUCUAAUAGAGUAUCUUUCUGGUUUUAUACAAUCUCAAAAUAAAGAACUCUACUGUAUUUUUUUAAUUCUUCAUUCAAACAGCUACCCCAAUGAAAACACUGGCUUUCCUACUGCAAAUAAAAAUAUUAAAGAUUGAAUGAGGACUGAGAUUUGUCAAACAACCUCAAAGAAUAUCUGAAAGAUGCAGAUGUAUAAAAAAAGUUGGUGUCCUGCUGUAAAGAUUCUGACAAAAAUGUGAAUUCUGCCUUGUUGUUAAGUGCACUAACCUCUGUACUAAUUUGAUGCAAGAGAAGAGCAUCCCCUCUGUAGAUUUACUGGGCUUUGAGUCAAACUCUUCAAAUCAGUUUAUGCCUCCAGACAACAUGACAUAAAACAGUUUUGGUUUUAUAACAUGUUAAAACAUGCAGUUGUUAACAUCCAGAAGAAGAUGUAAGAGUGUAAUGCUUGUAUAUAAACUUCUUUCACAGA